AUGACUUCCGCAAAUGAGAUCACUGUCUAUCGGGGCCACACCGACAUCGGAUGCUAUGUCUGGUCACCCUUCGUCACAAAACUCGAAGCUCGUUUGCGAUUUGGAAAGAUCGUUUACAAGACGGAGGCGGGCUCUGUAACCAAUGCUCCCAAGGGCAAAGUGCCCUACAUUUCAAUGGAGGGCGAAAAUGGGACAACCUUGCUUUCCGACUCAAGCCUCAUAAUCAAAGCACUUAUUGAAUCUGGAAAGUUCGAGAAUCUAAAUAGCAAUCUCUCUGGAGCGCAAAAGCUUCAGGAUAUUGCUCUCCAGGCCUUACUCGAGGACAAGCUAUAUUUCUACGGUACACAUGAAAAAUGGAUUCAAAACUACUAUGCUAUGCGCGAAAAGAUUCUGGGUGCACUUCCUUGGCCCGUCAAGGCCGUUGUGGGAAAUAUGAUCUACAGGAAAAAUGUGCGCAAUAUGGAGGGCCAGGGAACGGGCAAAUUCAGUGAAGAGGAGAUCGCUGCAUUUCGCCUGGAAGUGUGGGAUACUUUGAACGCUGCCAUCUCCGAAACUUAUACUCAGCAUCGUGAUGAAGACGGACCAUUCUGGGUAUGGGGCGGUGAUAACCCGACCGAGGCAGAUGCAGUGGUCUAUGGAUUUAUUGUAUCGGCGUUGACGUGUGGACCUGCCGCUCCAACGACUAAAGUGAUUGUUCAAAGCCAUCCUGCUCUUGUGGAGUAUGCGCGUCGUAUCCAUGAUGUGUACUUUCCUGACUAUGAGUUUCAGGAGUAG